CAGAGCAGUGGACAGACAGGAAGACGAACAGAGGGUUUUAAGGUUGAGAUGUUACCAGAAAAAUCUUUGUGACUUUUUGCUGCAGUUGAAAAAAGGUGAGAUAAAUAACAUCUGAUUGAGAUUACAGAUUUAAGAUAAACGUUUUGAAGGUUUAUUCUUUUAAAGUUAGAGAUUUUGGAGAUUGAAAAAACGCAACUGAGAAAACUAAACAUUGGUGGACGGAGAAGAACAGGAAGAAAAUACAACAGUUUGGGUUCGGGUUAGAGAGAGAGAUAUACAUACAGUUUGAGGGUUGAAGGAGUCAGCUACUAGAGGAAGGAGUCAGCUACUAGAGGAAGGAGUCAGCUACUAGAGGAAGGAGUCAGCUACUAGAGGAAGGAGUCAGCUACUAGAGGAAGGAGUCAGCUACUAGAGGGAGGAGCCAGCUACUAGAGGAAGGAGUCAGCUACUAGAGGAAGGAGUCAGCUACUAGAGGAAGGAGUCAGCUACUAGAGGAAGGAGUCAGCUACUAGAGGAAGGAGUCAGCUACUAGAGGAAGGAGCCAGCUACUAGAGGAAGGAGCCAGCUACUAGAGGAAGGAGUCAGCUACUAGAGGAAGGAGCCAGCUACUAGAGGAAGGAGCCAGCUACUAGAGGAAGGAGCCAGCUACUAGAGGAAGGAGCCAGCUACUAGAGGAAGGAGCCAGCUACUCGAGGAAGGAGUCAGCUCCUAGAGGAACAUACAGGACAUCAUGGUGGAGAGAAAACCCCUGCUUCUGCUGCUGUUACUCUGUAUCUACACCUCCUCUGCCUACCCUGUAAGACAGACAGGACCACCUCUACCUAUCGGUGGUUGGACGGGGUUUUAUCCCAUAACCUUGCCUGACCACACAGGAGCACUGAGGACUGUCCUCUACCCUCUGACUGUACACAACCACAACCUUCCAACACAGCCUGCCAUUGGCCAGAAUCCUGUAUCGGUGCCUACCAUUGGCCGGAAUCCUCUUCUACGUUCUGUAUCCGAGCCUUUGAUUGGUCAAAAUCCUCUAUCAGUGCCUGUGAUUGGACAGGAGAUGACUGUGUUUCAGACUCCCUCCCCUCCUCAGUUUAAAGAUACGCCUGCGUCCCCUGUAGUGGAAACUCCCAUGGUGACAGAUCCACAGUCCCAGCUCCAGCCAUACUACCCACAGCCCUACCCCUACUACCCACAGCCAUACCCCUACGACCCACAGCCAUACCCCUACGACCCACAGCCAUACCCCUACGACCCACUCACAACACAGCUACUGCCCAACCUGGAGACACUCACACCAGGGGAACAGGCACAGAUAAUGUCUAGGUUCCAUAUUAUUCCAUCAGUUUCUCAGGACAGUCAGACGGUGUUCCCCACCUGGCAGUUAAGCGGAGCAGUAGGAGGAGCCCAGUCUCAGUCGUCGUCUCUGAGUUCUGAAGAGGAAGCUUCACCUCCUGUGGUCUACACCAGGGUGAUGUUGGCUCCAGGGGUGCCAGCGUACCAGAGCCAGGGGCUGAGUGUGGACCCUAACCCUGAACCUUCAGCCUUAACCCCUGACCCCUUACCUCUGACCCCUGACCCCGGCCACGCCCACCUGGGGAACCCCCCGAAUGUAGCCCCGAUGCCCUCGGGGGGGCAGGGGACUCCCAAACCUGAGGUGGGGGGUGCGGUAGGGGUACAGGUGAAGAGUGCCAUGGAGAAGGGUACAGAGGGGGCUGUGGGGGCAGCUCCCCACCAGAGCUAG